AUGUGGCUGGUGCAGUCUACGUACCGAUUGGUGACAGCCGUCGCCUUUUCCCAGCUGCAUCCAUCUCUACCUACCGCGUAUAUUCACACUGCUCUUCUCCGUCCAAAUUCACUGCUUGCGAUAACACGACCAACUUGUCGGGAUUCCGUCUCGAUGCGAGACUUAUCCGCCGACGACGCUAAUGAUACGAUCCUCCUCGCAAUCCUCAAUUAG